AUGGUAGAUAAAGGAGACACUGUUCUGGUACAGAAUUAUAUUCCUGCUCUACUCCAUGUCAGAUUCCAACACCACACCAACCUCUCCACCUUCAUCCUGCUGGGCAUCCCUGGCCUGGAGGCGUCCCAUGUCUGGAUCGCCAUCCCUUUCUGCAUUAUGUACGCCAUAGCCGUCUUGGGGAACUUCGCCAUCCUGUAUGUCGUGAAGAUGGACCUAAGCCUCCAUGGGCCCAUGUACUAUUUCCUCUGCAUGGUGGCCAUCACCGACCUGGUCGUCUCCUCAUCCAUCAUGCCCAAAACGCUGAGCAUCUUCUGGUUCAACUUCAAGGAGAUCGAUUUCAAUGCCUGCCUCACCCAGAUGUUCUUCAUUCACGGAUUCUUAGUGAUGGAGUCUGGGAUCUUCGUGGCCAUGGCGUUGGAUCGCUACGUGGCCAUCUGUGAUCCCCUGAGACAUUCCACCAUUCUGACAAACUCAGUGGUGACCAAAAUUAGCCUAGCAGUAGUGCUACGUGGCAGUCUGCUUGUGCUUCCCUAUUCCCUCCUGGCAAGGCAGUGGCCUUACUGUAAAACCAACAUCAUCCUGCACACUCACUGCGAACACAUGGCCGUGGUGAAGCUGGCCUGCGCUGACACCCACAUCAGUAGCUACUAUGGCCUCUUUGUGUUAUUGUUUGUGAGGGGUCUGGAUGUCUUUUUUAUCACCUUGUCCUAUACCCAGAUUCUCAGGGCCAUCUUCAGCCUCCCCACGAAGGACGCCCGGAUCAAGACUUUUGGGACCUGUGUUUCCCAUCUCUUUGCUAUCUUAGUCUUUUAUAUUCCACAUCUCUUCUCCUCCCUCACACACAGGUAUGGGACUAAUGUGCCCCUACAUUUUCACGUUCUCAUUGCCAACAUGUAUCUCAUGAUGCCCUCCAUGCUAAACCCCAUCAUCUACGGGGUGAGGACCAAACAGAUCAGGUCCAGGCUACUCUGGCUCAUUGUUCAUAGAGGCACAUAA